AUGGAAGGUGUCAUGUUCCCACCAGUACCUGACAGGUCACUGAAGGGCACAAGUGCCCGCUUCCCUCCACCUCCGGAUUCCUCAUCUCCCGACUCCAUCCUCCCCAAGAGAAACACAUCCUUCCUUUGGAACAAGAACAUAAAGGACAGCAUUGAUCUGGAUGGGUCUUUUGACCAGGACUCCUUCUUCCACAUGCACAGACACUUGCUGGCUGAAAGUGACCAGUCAACCGAGCUCGAAAAAAGUCUGUACGAUCGCAGGAAGGGCAUAGCUGGCACCUACUCCACUCUGGAGAGUAAAACCCAUUCAGAUUUUACCUCUGCUCACGAAACUCAGCUCUAUGCUGGGAUGACAACGCCCUAUGACGAGCUUACCUAUGAGGAGACACUUUUUGAAGUGAAAGUUGAUGGAGUGAAGCCUCCAAAUGCCGAAAAAAUGGAGAGCUCGCUGCCACAGACAAGUGAGGAGGAAACGGCACUUCAGAACUUCCUGAAACAAAGGCAGAUGAGUGUGAAAAACAAUCGAAGCUUAGCAAUACUGGAACCAAAGAAAUUGAAGGCUGACGGUGAGGUGAUGAGUAAGACGAAGGAGGAGAAAUGCUACCCCAAGAAAAGUAACAUCCCCCGAAGAAAUACAAGUUUAGCCCCACAGUCGGGUAAGGACUGCCCAAGGCUGAAGCUUCGAAGUGAGAGCCUUCGCACUGGGCACGGUGGUCAUCAUCAUCAUCGUUCAGCUGACAGCAAGCACAGCUAUGAUGGCAUGCUGUCUGAGGGGUUGAUAAAAUCUUAUAUCGAGGAACGUAUUAAGGCAGUUGAAAGGCAGAUAAGAAUGGAAGUGACGGAAGAAGCUCAUAUGAGAAAGCACACUCGACCAAAACCAAAGACUCCUUUUCCAGACAUGUCGUCUGCUAAUCCCCCAGUGCCUGGUCCCUCUGACAGUUCGAGCAGAGAAUUCAUCCUCCGGGAAAUUGCAGCUGUUUUAGCUGCAAAGGGUUACCUGCCAAGUGUUCAGGCUCAGAAUCAAGGGGUUCUUCAGUUUACAGAACCCUCUCAUUUUAAUGAGUUGCACGACAAAGGACAUCAUGACAGAGAUGAUACCCUACGGCCAGCCAGCUCUAUAACUAGCUCCAAGCUCGGUAAAGUUCAGCGAUACAAGGCUGCCUCACCCAGGAGCUCACCACUGAGAAGUCGAAAGGCUGCACUGAACUCUGCAAGCAGCACUUACAAGAGUCACAAAGAGUCUAACAGAGAUGCUAGUCUGAGAACUACCCUUGAUUCUCCAAAGUCUAAGAGAAGUAGUCAUUUUAGUGCACAUUCUGUUGCAGAAAUGGUGGAUUUAAAGAGAAGGAAGAGGAAAACCAAUGGUUCACGCAGCAGUCUCACAAGUCUGUUGCGUACCCAAGAUUCUUCCAGUAGUGAUACAGACCUUGUGAAUACGGUUCGCUCUAGACAGCAAAGUAUUAUCAGCAAAAAAGCCACCACCCAUGCACAUUCAUCAGACGCAGGUAAUAACUGUGGCAACAGUCAAGGUAGUUUGAAACAGGGUGUGUAUACAAUGCCAAGUUUUGCAGACAAUGAGCAGUCAGAGAAUCUGAACGAGAGAAAUAAAACUGCAGAUGAAAAACCUUCACCGUUGGUUCCUCCUGAGAAAAACCUUAAAGAAUCUCAGCCUACACCUAUGUUGCAAAAUACAGCCGAAAUUAAAACAGAAGUUAAAAUAGAAACUAAAGCUUCCACAACACCCAGCAAGCCACCUGAAGAAGCUAAUAGUGCAGCACCAGAAUUAGCCCCUAAAGCUAAUCGUCGUAUUCCUCCUCCUCGCCCUCCUGCGCCCUCAAUCCCCAUAUACCAGUCAAUCUCCCCUUCAGGGUCAUCCCACUACCAGUCUAUUCAAGCACAGCCGCUUCCUCCAACAAGUCUGAUUCCGCCAGUUAUACCACCUAAAGGUCCUCCACCGCCGGUGCCCAAAAGGCCCAAGAGGACAUGGCAGACCCAAAGCAAACCAGAGUUACCACUGCCUGUUAAGAUGUCCAGCCCUCCUCCUGUAGAAACAAAGGACAUAAACCCACCAGCAAUCAAGCAAAAUAAGAUCUAUGCAUCGAAGGAGGAACUAUCAGCGCCGAUAUCUCCUUCAGAAUCCCCAGUUUCCAAAGCGACGACGACCUCAACUAUCGAGAGCGAAAACACGACGGACACAGCCACCACCACCUGUGCCACGGGCGAGACGCAGCAGUCCCUGCUGGCUCAGGAGGCCGUCGAGAAACAUCCUUCGGAGGAACCUCAAGAGGCAGCCAAGGAUUCGGAAAGUGGGUCACCGGAGAGGCUCUCUCGAGACCAGCAGCACGUGGCCGGGAGCAAGAGAGACUCCCGGGCAGGAACCCCCCAGCAGGGUAGUCCUGCCAGACAGUCCUUGGGACGCUCGUCAGCCACAUCCCAUCAUAACGAAGAUCGCUCUGAGACAGAUUAUUUUCUCAUGGACGAUCACACAGCAGGUAUACACACCACUGGAAGUUAA